UGCACCAGAUUAGUUAUAAAAAGGAAGUACUUAGAAGCUCACAAUGUCACAGCAACCCAAACCUAAGAUUUCGGCAUCCAGGAGGUUGUUCUUAAAGACAAAGCUGCUGAAGAAGGCAACAUCUAUGCUUGUGAAUGAAAAAGAGGAGAAGCAGAGGGAGAGAGAGACCACAUUGUGCGAGAGAGUGCCACCUCUACAGCUGUCCUGUCUGUCUGUUCAAGAGCUUCAGACUCUCUACAGAGAACUGCAUCAAAAGACUGAUGUUGUAGAUGAAGAGAGGUACGACAUCUCCGUCAAGGUGGCCAAAAAUGAAAAGGAGACUGCAGAUUUGAACAUCAAGAUUACCGAACUUAGAGGUAAAAUGAAGAGACCUGCACUGAAGAGGGUGAAGAUCUCAGCCGAUGCCAUGUUGGGUGCUCUUCUGGGCUCCAGGGUCAAAGAGUCUGUGGAUUUCAAAGCCAACCUUAAGACAGUCAAGAAAGAAGAGGAGAAGAAAGAAGAAGUGACUGACUGGCGAAAGAAUGUGGAGGCCAUGUCUGGAAUGGAGGGCAGGAAGAAGCUGUUUGAUGCGGGACAAUAG